CCAACGCCCCAUAUCCUUCCGCCACUGGGCGGGUGCUCUUCGCCUCUCGUGCGCCAAACACGAACCCCGUCCUUCUCCUUCCGGCACACCGGCUUCUCCUUCGAUCUCUUUCUUUGUCAUCGGAUCUCCGAACCCAACUGCGAUGCCGGGCACCAUCCAAGUCUCAGUUCUCGAGUUGAUGGAACCUCCUCCAUCUGCUUCGCCAGCACUAACCGACGCGAAGACGAGAUCUCUCUCUUUGAAAGUUACCGCGGGAAAGAGGGAGUACCAAACAGUGGGGAAGAUGGAAAUCACAUUCCCAGUUGUGUCUCUGAGGGAGAACCUGGUGGUGAUGCUGUACAGUUUAGACGGGAAUUUGUUGUCACGAAUAGAGUUCAAGACAUUGUCAGUGGUGGAAAGGGGGAUGCUGGAUGAUACGUUUCCUCUUGAAGGUGGUGGCACUGUCCGUGUGAGGCUGCAGUUCUUACUCAGUGAAGAGGAACGUCUGAGGAUCCAUGAACUGAGGAACUCUACACUUCGAAGGAAACAUGGGGAGAUGCUCAAGGAAGGCCUUGAGAGUAAUAUUUAUGGAGAUAACAUCAAAGAUAUGAUGCUGACUUGCAAUGCUGAACACAAUAUAGAAGGAACUGUAAUUACUCAGCCAAAGCAUGCUGACCAAGAUGAGUGCAGUAAUCCAUCAAUCACCCAAGGUCUUGAAAAGCACUCCCGGGACUCUGAGAAUGACGCCUGUAAAUUAAGUGUUACAGAUAAAGGAAAAAGCAAGAGAAUAUCAGCUAUAAAAGGUUUUCAAGAAAGGGACACCAUCCCAGAAGAUAGUUCAGAUCUUCAUAGAGAAUUUGCAGCAUCUCUAGGACCAAGAAAUGCUAGGGAAGAAAUCAUUCCCUUCUCUAUUGAGUUGAAAGACCAUAUUCAAAGGAAUGAGAAGAAUCCUUUGGCAAGAAGCACAAGAAGCAACAUUUGGAAAAUGAUAAGUGCCUUUGAAAAUAGCCUAUCUCAGGGACUAGGACAUCCUGUUGACUCAGGUAUAUUAUCAGUCGGAAAGAAUCAAAAUGAACAAUCUUUGAAACGAAUAUCUUCAGAAGAAAGCAUGGAGAAAAAAUUCUUUGGUCAAACCAUGGCUAAGUCAUUUUCUGCAGAGACGCUUUCUGAUAACAGUUUACAAGACAACUUGAAAAUUCCUGAACGACCACAUCAUGAGAAUAAGGAAGGAAGAGACAUAGAUAAUGCCACCAAGUUGGAAGACAUAGUAAAUUACAAUCAAAUUUUGGAUUUUGAGAAAAAGGUCAAGAACAAAGGAUCGGAUCAGAAAAAUAAAUCUCUGCAUGCUGCACUGUGUCAAACUUCUGAAAGCAUAAUUAAAGUUCAAAAACCAAUCAUGACUGACGACAACAUCUGUUUAGGUGGAUCUAUAGAACAAAUUAAUGUUCAAAAACUGAAGGCCAUAUAUGCUGGACAUGAUCCAUGUAACGAGGCAAAACCAAGGAUGGAUAAAGCACAUGCCUGCUAUAUGGCAACCGAUCAGAAUGUUGGCAAUGAAGUAAACGUAUUUCUGCAUAAAAAUCAAAAUGAAGAUCGCAAAUUUCAGAAGGAAACUAACCGAUCAAGAAGUGUAACUUCUGAGGCUGUCAAUGUUGAUCCUAGUACCAGGACAUACCAACAAGAGUGCUUGAUUAAUACAGCUCCAGAGGACUUAUACUGUAGAUCCUGCAGAGGUCAUUAUGAAGAACUAGUGUCUGGGAAUUCAUUUGAAUCAAUAGGACUUUUUUAUACUCAGACAGAAGAGUAUCUGUGGGGUACACUUGGUAUCUGGGCACCACGUCACCUGUGCAUUACCACUGGAAGCAAACAAUUGAGAAAUCUUCUUGAAAGCUGCAGGGUAUGUCUAAGAUCAUUGUCAGCGGAGGACAAGUCCAUGGAAAAGAUGUUUAGUGAUUCAUCCGUUUCAGUGACAAAAAAUGAGAAUGUGUCAUGCAGUCCACGAAAACUGAACCAUGAAAACUUGGUCAGCACAUCAAAUUCGAAUGGAAGGCUGAUCGACCAGGGAGUACGAAUCAUUAUCGUAAUAAUUGCUUGUGGGACACUUCUGCUGCGUGCCAUAUAAGGAAAUCUGAGGACCUUGUACAUCUGCUGGAUUUUUUUCUCUGGCAAUGUAUCAGCCAAGAGCAAGAUUGCCAUUGGUAUACCGAGAACAAGAUGAAUAGAAGAAAGGCAGGAGAUCGCAAGAGUAACAAAACUGGUGGAUUUCUUUC